AUGCUGCUGCUGACGCGGGUCGUGUUGCUCUCAGCGCUCUGCGCCGCGGCGCUCGGCUGCCCCCGCAUCAUCUCUCGCUCCCAGUGGAGGGCCCGGACCCCGAGAAGCAGGGACCGGCUGAGGACCCCAGUGCCCUACGUCAUCAUCCACCAUACGGCAGGAAACCGCUGCUACACACAGGCCUCCUGUAGCGAGCAGGUCAGGGGCAUCCAAAACUACCACAUCAACAAGAGGGGCUGGUCUGACAUCGGCUACAACUUCCUGAUCGGCGAGGACGGCAGAGUCUACGAGGGCAGAGGCUGGAGCACCAUGGGGGCCCACGCCAAGAACUGGAACUCUAAGUCACUGGGAUUCAGUUUCCUUGGCACCUUCACCAACGGAGUCCCCAACGCUGCCGCCCUGAACGCCGCCAGGAGCCUGAUCCAAUGCGCCAUCUCCAAGGGCUUCCUGAGCCGCAGCUACACCCUGAAGGGGCAUCGCAACGUGAGCCCGACCAGCUGCCCCGGGAACGACCUCUACAGGGUCAUCAGCCGGUGGGCCAGGUUCAAACCCUGAGUCCCUGCAGCCUCGGGGCAGCCCCUGCGCCCAUCACUGACCCCACCUGCAGCUUCUGCCUUCUCGAGCAGCACCUCCGUCCUCCAGCAGGGGGCAGCCUCCCGCUUCUCGCCCACCCGCCUGGGAAGGACCCGUCGAGUGGUUUGCAGAGUCCCACAAAGGGGUUUUUAAUUCAAGUGCAAUUUGCCUCUAACCCAGCGCCCCUGCGGCUUAGCGCUUGCUUUGCUUGGGAGCUUUUGAGCAGUGACAAUAAACCAGCUUCUAGCAC